GAGAGCAGAGGAACUUCAAAGAGAUUUAACAUCCCACUAUCCUUCAUUCAUUAAGCCUAUGGUUCGAUCACAUGUAUCUGGUGGUUUUUGGCUUGGACUUCCGACAAAGUUUUGCAAAGAAAACUUUUCUCCUAAUGAGCUGAGAGUGAUUCUAGAAGAUAAGAAGGGUAAGGAACAUGAUGUUCUGUACCUUGGGAGGAAGAAUGGUCUUAGUGGUGGAUGGAGAGGCUUUGCAAUAGAUCAUAAUUUAGAAGAUGAGGAUGUCUUAGUAUUUGAACUAAGCGAGCCGACAAGAUUUAAGGUACGCAUUAUAAAGGCGAUUGAGGGAGAAUCACCUAAAACCGCCAAACUUGCAGAUUGUGCCGCUGCACUUUCCAAGACUAAAGGAUCGAGUGGAACGAAGGAGGAAAUUCAGGCAGUUUCGAAGAAACGAUCCCUCAAAACUGGCUCCGCGAAGGAAGCACUAAAGCCAGUGGUAAACACCAUAGCUGAAGAGCAAGAUGAUAAUGUGAUAUCAGAUAUUAAUCAAGAGCCUCCUUCAGGUACAACCAAAAAGGUGCGAGGGAAGAAAAGAGGAGUGAAUGCAGAUAAGGUGUUCUCCCAAUUGAAUUCUAAAAUACCUGUGACUUUGACUGAAGAAAAUGGCAGACUUACGGGCCCUUAUGCUGAGAUGUUUGCAAAUGAAAUUGGUUACACAAUUCAAAACUACGUCCCACUGAAUUUAAAGAAACAUUUUGAGCAGUUUUCAACAAUUGAGGAGGCAAUUCAAAACAAACAUGAAGCUGUCAAGACUCAGGAAGAAUGGGAGUUUCUUUGCACUCAUUUUUCUAGUGAAAAGUUUAAGAUUCGCUCAGAGAAGAAUGUUCUUAAUAGGUCAAAGUUGACAUAUCACCACAAAGCUGGGUCAAAAUCAUUUAUGUCACACCAAGAGCAAAUUGCAACACAGACUGGAGAGAUGCAAUGUGCAAUUGAUCGUUUUGAAACAGAGUAUAGAAGUACAAAAAAAGGAUGGGACUUGGGAGCAAAGGAAAAAUGGGAUCAAAUGAUAAAGAUGCGAGCAGAUACCGCUCAACCUGAUGGAACUCGAACAAUGACAGAGGAGGAAAUUUGUGCAAAAGUUUUCAGUCAAAUCAGGCUACAUUAA